UUCACCUGCCAGGUGUCUCUGGUCUCCAAGAUCGUGCCGUCCCCAGACUGGUUCGUUGGAGUGGACAGCUUUGAACUGUGUGAAGACGGUAACUGGGUCGACAACGUUAAGAUACAGGUUGACCCUCUGGACGCGGGCACGGACAAUGGUCUGACCUUCACCUCGCCUAACUGGCCCACCAGCCCACCUGAGAGAAUCUUCCGCAUUACAGCUAACUACCCUGACCACCCUGCCCAUUCCUUCUACUACCCCACCCUACAUCACCUGCCCAGGAUAGCUACAUUCACCAUCACUAAGAUGAAGGAGUACACACUGAGUGAGCACCUCGACACUGCCUCUCACACAGCAUAUGAUGUGGUCAAGUUAGAAGACAUUGCUUACAAGCACUUCGGAGAUGAGGCGGCCGCAGGCAGUGACUCUGAUGUGGAAAGAAGUGAUAACAACCCUGAGGACAACAGGAUCAAGAAUCGUGUGUCAUAUGUCACUUCUGUCCGCACCUUCACACCACGUGUCACCACAACUUCGACUACUGCCACUUCCUCCAGUACUACACCAAUGCCCACUACUUCCACUGUCAGUUCGUAUCAUGGUCACCAUAGGCCUCAGGCAGGUGUUUAUCCAACACCCAAUUGGCCAGAAACAGUGACAGAGCCAGGGGUACACAACUCCCUGGAGAAUGCCUUUCCUCCACCAAAGACUGAUAUGCCAUCUUCUAAAAGAGUUUCAAUCAUGAGCAACUCUGUAGAAGCGGAUGACGAGACAGAAACAGCAACAGAACUGGAGGUGGAUGACGCCAUGCAGAUGAGUAGGAAAAAAGACUUGGGCAGCAUCACACAGAAUCGUAUUCCCUCAGGCAGUGCAAUGGCUGUUAUUGAUGACAUUGUCAAGAAUUACCAGAAAGAGCAACGCAAGAAGCGAAGGAAGCAAAGGAGGAAGCAAAGGAGGGAAGAAAGGAGGAGACGCAGGAAGGGCCUAAAGAAGAUUCGUCCACCUCGUGACUGCCGUGUGUCUGAGUGGUCAGAAUGGUCUCCCUGCAGCAAAACCUGUGGAAUUGGUGAACAGACAAGGACUAGAACCAUCCUGAAACAUGCCCGCCGGGGAGGAAAGGUUUGCCCAGUCCUAGAUGAAACAACUUGGUGCGGGUCAGCCCGAGCCUGUCCUAGGAACUACUUUAACUGGUCCUAAGCUAACAGAUUGAGUUUAGUCUUCUUAAGUCCAAGGUGGUCUGGGACAGACAAAGGAAAAGCUUAUUGUAAUGUCUGGAAUCUGCUAUAGUUUGCUAUGUAUUUCCUUUAAAUGGAAUAUCUAGCUCAUUGAUGCAAAGGAAGAGUUCCUUGUAUUUUUGAACAAAAAGAUUAUUUAUUUAUUUUUAUUAUUGCUAUUAAAUUAGUAUCAUUGUUGUAUUUGGCAUAGCUGAUGUGGUUAUUAAUGGUUCUAUGAAACAAAUUAUGAAUGCAAAAAGAAAAAAAUUAUGUAUGUACUAUACUGACUUUUAAGAGUAAAUUUGUAUUUACUUGGUGUAAUUUUGAGUAUCUGACAGUCUGUUAAAAUUUCAAAUAAAAGUAAGAAUGUGAGAAUAUGAAAGUUCACUGGCAAGCAUAAGUCUUUUACUGGUAAUUAGAAGAUAUAAAUACCUAGAGAAGGUAUUUGGUAUAAUGUAGUAUAGCAAACUAAUGGGUUUUUUUAAGUAGUGUCACUGUUCAUAGAGUGAAAGCAAUCAUUUAUUUUAGCAAAGGUUGAACCUGUGUACUGUACAUAGAUUGCUAAUUUACUGGUUCCUGGAACUUUAGAAUGUACUUUGUUAACAAAGGUGCAAAAUAUAUAACACAUGCCAGUCUAAGUUCCUAAUUGGUAUACAGUAUGUAUGUUGAACCAUUCAUUUCACACACUUUAAAAAGAAAUUCUUGAAUAAUUUGACUGAUAUAAUUGUACUGUGUCUAAGACCCGAUUGUGCAGUAACAUAAAUAAUGUAUGUGAAUACUCUUUAUCUUCACUAUAUUAUAUUAAAAGAAUACCAUUUUUUACCAUUUUAAUUGUUUCCCUAUCAUUCUGUUUGCUAAAAACUUCCAUUUAACUAUGUUAAAAACUUCCACUUAACUAUACUUAAAACUUCCACUUAACUAUAUUAAAAACUUCCACUUAACUAUACUUAAAACUUCCACCUAACUAUGUUAAAAACUUCCACUUAACUAUGCUAAAAACUUCCACCUUACUAAAAACUUCUAUUUUUUUUUCUCAACCAGUCAGCUGUCUCCCACCAAGGCAGGGUGACCCAAAAAGAAAGAAAAUCCCCAAAAAGAAAAUACUUUCAUCAUCAUUCAACACUUUCACCUCACUCAUACAUAAUCACUGUCUUGUAGAGGCACUCAGAUAUGGAAGCCUGUAUUUGUUUUACAUGAUGGUAGGAUUGCUGGUGCCUUUUUUCUGUCUCAUAAACAUGCAAGAUUUCAGGUACAUCUUGCUACUUCUACUUACACUUAGGUCACACUACACAUACAUGUACAUGUUCAUGUAUACACACUCAAUCUGAGUUUUCCUUGAUUUUAUCUUAAUAGUUCUUGUUCUUAGUGCUUUUGAUUUCAUAUCCAUUGGGAAGUGGAAUAAGAAUCUUUCCCCCAUAAGCCAUGCAUUUUGUAAAAGUCAACUAAAAUGCUGGGAACAAUGGGCUAGUAUCCCCUUUUCCUGUAUAGCUUACUAAAAGAAAAAGAAGAACUUCCACUUAUCUAUGCUAAAACCUUCAACAUAACUGUUUUUAUUUCAGUUAUACUUUAUCAGACCUUACUUUGCUCCAGUUAUACUGUAUCUAAUUUAUUGAAGUAUUUACUGUGCUCCUCUUGAUAAUUUUGGUACCUGAUUUCUUGAGUACCUAAAUGGUUUUGAAGAACAUAUCAGAUCUUUUCCAAGUGACCAGAAUGUUAUCAAUUUUUAAGAAUAUACUCACUGGUAAUUAUUCAAUAACAUGUUCUUUGUUAUUUUCAUAUAGUCAGACUUGAGUCCGGGAAAUGGGAAGUACAAUGCCUGCACUUUAAAGGAGGGGUUUGGGAUAUUGGCAGUUUGGAGGGAUAUGUUGUGUAUCUUUAUAUGUAUAUGCUUCUAAACUGUUGUAUUCUGAGCACCUCUGCAAAAGCAGUGAUAAUGUGUGCGUGUGGUGAAAGUGUUGAAUGAUGAUGAAAGUAUUUUCUUUUUGGGGAUUUUCUUUCUUUUUUGGGUCACCCUGCCUCGGUGGGAGACGACCGACUUGUUAAAAAAAAAAAAAAAAAAAAUGUUCUUUGUGGGUUUUUCUUUCUUUUGGGUCACUCUGCCUUGGUGGGAGAUGGCCAUUGUGUUAAAAAAAAAUGUUCAGCUUAUUACUUUAUUGUUCAUUAGUUUUAUAUCCAGCAUUUUCUGCUAAGCUGUUGUAACACAACUGUGUUUGUAUUCUGAGGCAAAUAUGAACCUUGCCUUAUAUGAUCAACACAUUGCAAAGUCUGCCAAAUCUUAUCGCAGUCCUUGCAAGCAUGAAAUCUGAGGAAGCAAAGAAUAAAAGUUACAGUACCAUGACUGGAACAAUAUACAAAUAACCCGCACUAGGAGAUCGAAAUUUAUGAUGACGUUUCAGUCCAACUUGGACCAAUUGAUGACAACUAGUUGAUGGUCCAGAUUGGACCAAAACCUCGUUAUAUAUUUCAGUCUCCUAAGUUUAGUUAUUUGUGUAUCUGAAAAAGUGAUAUGAAUGGCUAUACAUACAUGCUAUCCAGUUGGUGGCUCUAGACCUUCAUGGUUACCUAAUUAUGUACCAGUAACCGAUGUGAAAGUAUUAAUGGGCACCAGCUGUUACCACUAGUAGGGACAGUGCCUGUGCUACAGUGGACGUUUCCAUUAUCAAUGUUUCUCACUGAUAUUCAGUCCAAAUAUGAACUAACGAUGUAAUAUCACAAUAAAAUGACAGAAAUUAAUAUCUGAAAGUGAGGUGUAAGGUAACCUCAGAAUGUCUAGUUUGGAAACAAUCUGUAAUGACAGACACUAUUAAAACAUCAUCUUAUUCUACUCAUCGUAUUCCCUUUUAGCACCUCUUUGAGAUUGUAAACUGUAGUGAGCCUCUGCUUACCCGUGCCAAUUUCGAUGAUGAUAAUGCUCUGCAUAUUGUGUAUAUGUUGCUUCUGUCUUCACACUGCCAGAUAGGGGAAGCCAAAGAUGUACUCGAGGUAGAUCAUUAUUAUAAUUGUUUCAUCAUUUGAUAAUUUAUUCAUUAAGAUUUGCCAACUGACAUUAAGAAUGAGGCACAUAAUGAGCUAUAAUUGCACUAAAGUGUAUCUCGUAAGCUCAUUAUCUAAUGAGUCAGAGGUAAGGAUUACAUAAAUAAUUUAAACUGCCUUUCCAAGUUGAGAACUGUAAAGUACAUACACUACUUGUUCCUCCUCGGGUGUAUCUUUUGACAUCUGGCAAUAAAGUAGUUUGCUUAGCCUACUGGUGUCAUACUACCAAGGCGAGACCAAUGAUGCUGGGCUCUUGACUCAUCACCACCAUGCUUAAGUUUUGGUGUUUUGAAGGGCAAAAUGAGCCAAAAAAAAAAAAAAAAAGAUGAAGCUUGACUCGGAUCCAUUGUUGAACAUCGCUGGAAUUAUAAUACUUUCUAAUGUGUAAUUUAGGGGAUCAAUUAAUCGCAGACCGAAGCUCAUGCUUUGCUUAAUUUUUCCCAUUUUCUAUGAUGUGAAGUUAAUAAAUUCAUUAUGUGGUAUGUAUUGUAUUGUAAAAAUUGCUAGUGAAUGAAACAAUGAAGUUUUUAUUGCAUAAAAUGUAUUAAUUUUCAUAUAAGGUACAAUACAUAGAAUAUAUGUUAAUCUGAAUUUGAAUUUUCACAUGACAAACUGAUUUUACAGAUAAAAUUAUUUUAACAUUCUGUAUUGUAAAUAAUUUGUAUAUAUAGAUAUUGAAUUAUGAAAUGAAUUAAGUGGAAGCCGCUAGUGUCAGUGGUGUGUGCCGAGGCACCAUGCAGAGUCUGUUAGACGCUUGUGUUCAGCAGUGCUCGUUUCUGAUAGAUUUUGUACUGUUAUCAUUUAGGUUGAGGCAUAAUAUUUGGCAUGUUAUGUAGGUAACUUCCAGAAACAUUACCUCAGUGACAGUGUGACCUUCUUUUAUAGGUUUUUAUACAGUGUGAUGAUUUUUAUGGAAGUUCUCUGCAAAAGCCAUCAAGGAAGACUGUACAUUUGUUAAUUUAGAGAUUGAGAAAUUAGUAAUAACUCAAUUGUCAGCUGUUUCAGUGUUAAAUCCUGCAUUCCACAGAAAUCGCUAAUCUACAACUAAAUGAAAAGAUACUAGUGGUAGAGUGUGCAGAAUUUAUAUGCUCUAAUUUAAGAAGGGUUAGUGAAAGCAGUAUGAUUUACUGUAUAUAUUUUUCAAUUUGGCUUAUCUUUUUUAAAAUCUUCAUACAUUAAAAUUCAUUGAAAAUGUUACUUAUAUUCUUGCAAUUGCUUAUCAUAAUUUUUUGCCUAAUGAGAUCAUAGAAUGUCAUUUUAAACUCUAGAGUGCUAAGUCCCUUACAAACUUGUUUUCCACUAUGGCUCAUGAAGUUCAUAAAUACCUAAUAAAAUUAUAGCAGUUUAAGAUAGUAUCAAAAAUAAUUGUUAAUGAAUCAUUAUCAAUAGUUCCUAUGAAAAUCUACAAUGCAUUAUACUCUAAAUGUGAACAAUUUUUGUAUAUUUUAAUAAAAAUUUCAGUAAUGUAUCAGAAGAAAUACUAAAUUUAGUUAUAUUUGAUUUAAUUUAAACUACUGUAUAUCACAAAAUACCUAUAACUAGUUAUGGUGUUGUUAAGCGGAAAAUAGAAUCAGUGGCAAAAUUGUGUAAUAAACACAGUACAAUUCCAUAACACAUAAUGACUAUGCCAUAAUUCCCCUGAAGGGAAAUGAGAAUUUCACAAUUGUGAAAUUGACAAAUUGAGGAAGUACCAGAGGCCUCAUUAAACACACUGGAGCGAUGGAUAUGCUGUCCAUACUAUUGUAUGUCAACAAAGCCUAGGCACUGUCAGUCUUUCUGUAAAUUAUGAUUUUGGCAACAGCUUUGACCUUCUAGUUUAGAAUUGUUUUCUCUUUUGUCCUCUUCUAAUUCUUUUUUUUUCCUUCUAAUUAUUCUUUAUUUUUCUUCUUGUAAUCAUUCUUCUUCUAAUUCUUUUUCUUCUACAUCUAUUUUUUCUCUAAUUCUUUUUCUUCUACUUCCAAUUUUUCUUCUUAUUCUAAGUCUUCUUCUUACUCUUCUAAUUCUUCUUCUUACUCUUCUAAUUCUUAUUCUUCUUUUAAUCCUUUUUUUUCUUCUUAUUAUUACUGUUAUUAUUUAUUAUUAUUAUUACAGGUGGGCUCUGCUUAUACAGUAGGUCAGGGUAUGAGCUAGCGCUCUAAAGCAAAAAUAGCUUUUUUUUUCACUUUCAAAUGCAUAUAAAAGCCUGAUAACAUGUUUACACUGUCAUACUAUAGUAAGUGAGUAAUAAGCCUAAAAAAUGCAUAUACGGUACACACAUUACUUACCUUAAAAUAUUUUUGUCCUUAGCUUAUAGUGAGUGGUGAAUAUAUUUAUUGUAGGAAGUCUGAAUAAAUGAAGAAUGGUAUUAUUGAUGACCGCUGUAUUAGCAAAAUGCCAUAAAGCAAAGUGCUGUAAAGCAGGGCCUGCCAUUAUUAUUAUUAUGGAGAUGCAAUAAAUCCAUAAGUCCCAUAGUGUCUGGGGGAUAGAAGGUAAUCAGGUAUGAUCAGAGAAAGGGGAGAGUGUUAUCAUUGUUCAAGACUUCUUCACCAUUAUGGCACUCUACCGAAAUGGAAGACUACAUGUAGUCAUGGCAUAGCUGAUAUACUUAUGAUCUCCAAAGCUAUGUUUAUAAUGUUUUAGAUCUAGGCUUUAUCUACUACGUCCUACAUAAAAUUGAUCACAUCUUGUAUAAAAGAUCUAUAAAAGGCAACCUUAACCAUUCUCUGGGUAACCCCAGUCACAGUGAAGUCAGUUGUUUAUAACAUAAAUUUGUCAUUGUUUUCAAAAUAUACAGUGGAACCCCGGAUUUCGGCUGCAAUCCAUUACAGAACUCACGAAAUCGUAAUAACACGAUUGCAAACAAACCCUACCCCAGCCGGGAUUGAACCCACGGUCAGAGAGUCUCAAAACGCGGGUUCAAUCCCGGCCGGGGUAUGGUCUGUUACAGAAGGUCGGCCUGAAUCUGAACAGGCCAAAAACCGAAGUAAUAUUUCCCAUAAGAAUUAAUGUAAAUGCAAUUCCAGACACCCAAAAAUAUUAACGAAAAAUACAUUUUUGAAAGAUUAACUAUAGAUUUACAUUCAAAAAACAAUGAGAAAUAAAUAUAAAGCACAAAUUUUAAUGAUAACUGAACAUUACAUGCAUUUAUUGAAGACUCUUGUUGGCGUAUUGAAGAAGGCAAGGAGGGGAGAGAGAGGAGAGCUUAUUGUUUGGAAGGAGGAAUCCCCCUCCAUAACGAGGGGGAUUCUCAUAACAAUAAGAAUGCUUUCAAAUGAGCUGAUGUAGGUAACAGCUCUUAGCUUGCCAAUAAAGUUAGGAAUCCUUAAUCAAUUAAUCAAUCAAAGUUUAUUCUCUAUAAGGAUUACAAUGUGGGGUUUACAGAUUUUGGUUAUUGUGCGGUUUACAUGUAAUAAAAUACUAAUUACAGAGGGGGGCCACUAGAACACCUAGCAUGGCUAGACAUUUCGGGCAAACUUAGAUUAAUUCUUAACCCUAAAUUAUUACAAAUUGUGGAGUAAGUUGACUAAAUACUAAGUGACUAAAUACUAAAAAUUCUAAACUAGAGCUUGUCAAUAAAGCUAGGGUUCCUUAUUAACCUAACCUUGUCAAACCCUGUAUAAAAAAAAAAAGGACUUAAUGUAUCAAGUCCCUCUCUGGGGUUACUUCCCUUCUUUGUUUUUCACUGGCACCAGGACCAGCUUGAGAGUCACUGCACCCCUGUCGCACAAAAAACUGUCCAUAGAGGUCUGUUUCUGGCAUCUCUUUAAGAUUUGCCUGAAGUAGGACGAGGUUUUAUCACUGAAUUCUAUCGUGUUUCUCACUUUCUUUGCCAAAGGGCUGGCACUAGGAACUCUCUCUGGGCCCUUGGUGGGUUAUUUCGCAGUCGCAUUCAAUAAACAACCACAAAAAACAAUGGAUUAUAACGAAAUGUUUGGAUGAAUGCGCAGAAUGUUGCUCACUCACCCAGAGACACAGCCAGACUGACUCACGAACGCUGGGGAAUGGCGGACGGAUGCGUCCGAUAUGGCCAAUUUCAGAGUUGCUGGCCGAAGUCCAGGACAGAAUUUUGGCCAAAAAAGCAGCCGAAAUUUGAUUCAGCCGAUAUCCAGGGUUCCACUGUACCUAAAACCUUUCCUUGCUGUAUGAAUAUACUAGGGAGUAAAUAAGAUAUUCCUAUGUGCUUAUCUUCACUGCCUCCAUCGGUGAAGUUAGCUUGCAGUGAACAGGUCAAGACUUCUUCAGAAUGCAGGCAAGGUACUUUCCCUCAUGUAUUCUGAUUGAGCUUCUUUCAUACACCCAUUUAUCAGCACAUCCAAAUAUCUAAUUAUUCUCACUUCUUCUGUACUCCCUCCAGUUUGAUGUCCUAUCUUUCAAAGCUUUAGACUUUUUACUCCCAUUAUGUUUUUUCUAUGUUCACAUGAAGAUGCAAAACACACUGACCAUCACUCACAACCAUCUUCAGUGUCUGCAACAGGAAUGCCAUGACUACCCUCUGUUCCCAUUUCCUAAGUACAAAAAAAGCUACUAUCAUGCUGGGGCAUUUCGGGCAGACUAAUCCUAGUACAUAAUAACUACUUAAAUCUAGACAAAAUAAGAGUGAUUAACUUUUAUUAAAAUCUUUAUUUAAUCUUAAUACUAAUGCAUGGUAGUCAAGGUGGAGGUUUAUAAGAAUAAUAUUCUUGAAGUUGCACAUAAUAAAAACAAUAUUACAGUUAAUGGUUCAAACAGUAAUAUUUCAUGGAUUGGCAGAUGUUUAACAGACUAGAGUUCAUAUAAUAUAAUAACUGAUUAGAAGUUGUGUGAUAAAUGGCUUAAAACCGACAAGCCGAAGAUUGAGACACUUAUGCAACAUAUGGGAAUCUUCAUUGAAGAAACAUUUCUUCAAUAAAGAUUUCUAUAUGUUAAUUAGAAGUUGUUUUGGUUGGUUUGGUUAGUAUUGAGAGAUGAGAUGAUUUUUAAGCAAAGUCCUAAAUUUAUAAGUAGUAGUCAGGGGAUCCUUUACCAGUUCAGCUAGUGAAUCUCAGAUCUUCAGGCCCUUUAUGUGCAGUGCAUUUUUGUAUAGUGUGAGACUGAUAUGAGGGAUGUCGAAGAGUGCCUUAUGCCUUGUAUUGUGACUGUGUGUUCUGUUGUAGCUAUCAAGGAGAAGUUUAAGUGGAGGGUUUAUAUUGGAGUUUAAUGUUCUGUAUGUGUAGUAGGCAGAAUAAUAUGAGUGUCUCAUAUAUUUAGCAAGUUCAGGCUUUUGAAAAGUGGUGGGGUGUGCUGUCUAGCACAGAAACUGGCAAUCAUCUGCACAGCAGCUUUUUGUUGGGUUAUUAAAAGUUUCAGGUGGUUGGCUGUGGUUGAUCCCCAGGCAUAAAUACCAUAGGUGAGGUAGGGAUAUAUUAAUGAGUUGUAUAGGGUAAGAAGUGUCAUUUAGGGUACAUAGUAUUGUGUCUUUGAAAGGAUGCCUACUGAUUUGGAAAUUUUCUUGGAUAUAUGCUGGAUGUAGGAAUGAAAUUUAAGAUUACAGUCAAGGAGAAGACCUAGAAAUUUACCCUCAGUAUGUCUUGAAAUAGGGGAACCAUUCAUCAGUACGUAUAUUAAGUUGGAUAUUUAAGGCUCUGCUUCCAAACAGCAUGAAGUAUGUUUUGUCUGUGAUAAGAGUGAGUUUGUUGGUCAUCAUCCAAGUAUAUAUGGUGACAUUAUGCUUAUCUAAGACCUACUUUUACAGUAAAAUACAGUACUCCACCUACCUUCUCUCCUACAUAUGCUAACCUGCACCUCACACUCUUUGUAAAAACUCUUAAAGCUUUUAACAACUUAAACAUUAUUCCUCAGAUUUGUAAAAUCAAUCAGAGUUUGUAGACAUUGCCUAGAAAACCGUGAUAGUUCACCAAACGAUCUGGGUAUAUACUAUAUUUGUUUUUGCUCCAACUGCAGUAAUCAGUUUGAACAUCAUUAAAAUUGUACAUAUCAUUGAGGUUACAGUAAAUAAUACUAGAUACCAGUAAUUAUGUUGUGUAAAUUUUAGCAAGGCUGGUUUGCUAAAUAAGGUUUAGUGAAAAAUCAUGAAUCUUCAUGCCAUGUUAAUUCAUGGGAAUAUAUCGAUCAGUCAGUGAGAAAAAAUAUGAAAAAAUCUGUUUGGGUAAAUUCUUCUAAAAUUCAAUGAAAUAACUUUUAAAGUUGUUAUAGCAGAACAUAUGUAGGUAAGUUAUACAUUGUGAGGCUCCAUGAUAAUUAUAUUGAACAACUGUUUUUGAUUGAUUCAGUGUGCCUAAAUUAAGACAGACUUAUUGCAACUAAUAUUUUUUUCUGAAACUGAUAUUUUGGUUUAUAAUUUUUCUCCCUGAAAUUAUUUUCUUUUUACACUUUAAAGUAUAAAUUCAUUGUAGAUAAUGAUCAAUAGUAAGUGCUUUCGUCAGGUCACCUUCUGGAAAAGACCCGGGCCGGGACGUGUACCAACAAAUCAUUCAAGUUCAAGUAAGUGCUUAUGUAUGGGUUUGCACUGACUUGCAUAGAAAUGUAUUAAUAAAAAAACAUAUACAGUACUGUAUUAAAUUUUUUUUAAGAUUGUACAUCAUUGUAAGAAUAUUGGUAGAAUUAUCAGCAGUAUGUUAGGUAAAAUAACACGUGCAACUAAUAAGAGAGACACUGUAUUGUAGUAAGGCGCUGUACAAUCCUCCGGGUUUAGCGCUUCCCCCUUGAUUAUAAUAAUAAUAAUGUAUUGCAGUAACGCUUCACUCUCCAGGAGCUUUAUCAAACCAAUGAUUGGCUUGACAAAGCUCCUGGAGAGUGAAAUGUUGCUGUCCUAAAACAUCUCACUAGUUGCACAUGCAUCUUUUUUCCUAACAUGGUACAUCAUUAAUGCACAGGUUUGCAAAGCUACAUUUAUUGCAUUGCUGAUAACUCUUGUGAUGGAGGGUAAUAAUGCACACCUUCAGAGAAUACAAACAAACACUGUAGCUUCAACAGGUUAUGGGUGCUCUUAAAUUGGCCCUGUGAAGGAACCCUAUAUACUGGAGUGAAUUCAAGAAAACCUGUUUUGAUAAAAUUAUUAUCAUAUUUAAGACCACUAGCACUCUAGGGUAAAUAUUUUUUUCUCAUAUCCAUAACAGAUACUACAUUAAAAAUACUCUUUAAAAUUUGGGAAGUAAAUCAAAAGGAUUUUUUUUAUAUAAGUGUUAAGAAGUAAAGUACAGGUAUAAAAUAUUUUACUAUACAUAUCCCAUUUAUAUAUCUGGAGAUUUAAUAAGAAUUUAACAAGGUAUAUACUGUAGGUUAAUUUUAGGUCAUUUUAUUUACAUGUGAUGCAGGUGUUUUUAAGGAGACUGAAUGUAGUGUAUCUAAAGUAACAGUUUUAUUGUUUAUAAUGUGGUAACUGCUUUGGUCUGCGUGUGUGGCUGGAUAACUCUUAAGAUGUCAUAUCGGAGUAUACAUGUAAGAUCUAAUAAAAUGGAUGUUGUGUAGAA